AUGGUCUUCGCCGCCGCCGGCUACUCUCCGUAUCGACCUCGGCAUUGCAGCCUAGCGGAGAUGGUUAAUUGGUUAAGACGGUUGGGGUUAAGAUUGGCUAUGUUCAAGGACGAAAAGGUCAGUUAUGUUGCUUCUAGCUCCUCUUCCGCUCUGCCUACUCGCUUCCUUCUCGAUUGCAGGUUUAGUGUGUCCUCGGUUGUAUCCUUGACUCGCUUGGUUGAUUCUGGUUUUUGUUUAGCUGUAGUUGUUGUGGAUCUUUGUUCACUGGCUUCGUCACCUCCUAGGUGCUUUUUCCUUCUUUUUUUUCCAGCGCAUCUCUUGGGUUUUGGUGUUGUGGUUAGAGUUUCUUUGGGAAUAAGUUUUUCGAGCAGAGGGCUUCAUCUUCUUUGUCCUUGCCUUGAUGCUCCAAAGUCUUCUGGUGCUUCUCUUCUUUGGUCUCGAGCCUCUCUGAUUAGACUUGGUCCCGAGCAGUCUCCUUGCGGUAGCUUUGUUCUGCUCACGAAGGACCUAGAUAACACGGAUUCAAUGCCAGUCUUUGUGUUCAAGGUGACUCUUCGGCAAUGUUUUAGAGUGUUUGAUUUCGUCUCCUAG